UGCAAGCGUACUCUUCGCGUCCAGCACAGAUCUCUUCGCGUCCAUCACAGACAUCUUCAACUUCGGAUCAUCUUCGACUGUGACCGUAGCCACUGCCGGGGCAUCAAAAUACAGCAGAAUGCCUAAGUCCAAAGAAGUGUUGUCAUCCACAUCUGGAAGUGACUCUGACAGUGAGGUGGAGACCAAGGCAAAAAGAAAGAAGCCAAGUGCGCCAGAGAAGCCAGCUAAGAAACAGAAGAGUGGAGAGAGCUCCAGGCCAGGCGGCUCGUCCAAAGGCAGCAGUAACGGCGAUGACAACAUGUUCCAGAUUGGUAAGAUGAGGUAUGUCAGUGUCAGGGACUUUAAAGGCAAAGUUCUUAUCGACAUCAGAGAGUACUGGAUGAAAGACGGGGAAAUGAAGCCAGGCAAAAAAGGUAUUUCCUUGAACCCCGAGCAGUGGAGUCAGCUGAAGGACCAGAUUUCUGAAAUUGAUGAUGCCAUAAAAAGAAUAUAGGCAUCUGUUUCAGUGCUCUACGUUUAAUUUGUCAUCAUAUUUUGUUUGUAAGAAGGGUUUUGUAAAAAGCUAAAAUUCUUUCACAGCAGAGGUUUCAUUUGCCAUUGUAUAGUUCUAGUGAGUUCUGCUUGUGGUGUGUAGUUUGCUUUGUGUUACAUUGAUGACUGCAUUUGGCGGAUAUUAUUGUGCUUUGUAUUGAAAUAAACGAAUAAAAGCUGGUGAGGUUCAAACUGUCAGUUAUUUUUCAGUUUAAAUAAUCCGACUGUUGUACAAGUUUCAUCAACAUUAUAGAAACUAAGUUGAAUUAAGUUGUGUUGACAACUGUGUAGGGCUCAGAGCAUUGUGUGUAGUCCACCCUUAAUGAUAUAUAUUAUGUACAUUAUAAAACAUGGCCCGUUGUGUUUAUUACUGAUUACACGACUGUUGAUAUCUGAGCAACAAACCCCUGUAAAGUUGUCACAAUAAGUUUAUGCUAAUAAGAAUAGUAUGUCACAUUGUUUUGUCUGUUUAUUUAGAUGACCUGAAAUAUGGCUGACGUCAUGAAAAUAAAGGU